ACAUAAAGUCGGUGGACAGCUGAUAAUGAAAGCUUGGUUUCGGCUUAAUCGGCAAAUCUCCGGCGAAAUUGUCUCUGGAAUGCGGUUUCCCGGCGAGACGUUCCUCGGCUCCGGUGACACUCUCAUCCUCGCACGCUUUCUCUCGCUACAUCUCUAAAGCGUACACGCCUCCGGCGGCCGGCGUGUGGAAUCUACGGCCGCGCCACCCUCAGACCUUCGCUUCGCCACUGUGAGAUGAAUGUGGUUCAGAAUAGCAAAAAUCGCAAUCUUGAUAAACCAUUUCCAGGAUGUUUGGGAAGAAUGGUAAACCUUUUUGACUUGAAUAGUGGGGUAUCAGGGAACAAGUUACUCACAGAAAAACCACAUAGAGAUGGUUCUCUGUCAAGGAGCAACUCAGAUGUGACAUGGAUGUCUUCAAAUGAGAUUCAGAUUCAGGAUAAAGAGAUUGUGUCUCAAAUUAGUAGAGAUGCUUUGAAAACAAAAGUAAAUGGAACACCAAUGAAGAUGCAUUUAGCCAAAGAAAUGUCAAAAGACAUAUCCUCCAAGUACAGUCCACCUAGUGUUGUAGCCAAGUUAAUGGGGCUUGAUGCCUUUCCAUCACAGCCACAAGUUUCUACUAUGCAUAGAGACUAUUCUGGAGGUCAUGAACAAAGUGCUGAGGGUAAUACAACUCUGAAUUGUUGCCACCAUAGAAGUGUAUCCUUAGACACAGAAGUAGGUCGGAAGUAUUAUCAAUAUCCGGAGCACAGUGAAUGCAAAGAUGUUUAUGAGGUUUGGCAUAGCCAACAGGAGACAAAUCCCAUGCGAAGUAAAUUGCCACAGAAGGGAAGAUUUAAUGAAACUUCAAAUGACAAGAAAGCGGCUUUUGUCCGUCAGAAGUUCAUUGAAGCCAAAUGCCUAUCUGUAGAUGAAAAAUGCCAUGACUCUAAGAAGUUCCAUGAGGCUUUGGAGGUUUUGAGCUCCAACACUGAUUUAUUCUUGAAAUUUCUCCAAGAACCGAGGCCGAACACUAUAUCUGAGCGUGUAUAUAAUCUGCAGUCUAUUCCUGCUCCUGAGACCAAGCGGAUAACUGUUCUUAAACCAUCCAAGAUGCUGGAUAAUUGCAAAUUUGUUGGAACUGGGAAGAAUGAAAAUGUGACGAAAGGAACCAGUCAGGUUGGUCAAGUGAACAGAAUAGAUAAACCCCAUCCAGAUCAUUCUGACAAUAGUACGAUUCAACCAACUAGAAUUGUAGUUCUAAAACCUAGCACGGUAAAAUAUCAUGAACUCAAUGCUUCGAGUUCCCCACCAUCACAAGGAAAAAAGUUUUUUGGUGUUGUGGACGAAAAAGAUGCUCGAGAAUCAAGAGAAGUGGCAAAAUCAAUCACACGACAGAUGCGUGAAAGUUUGGCCGGGCAUCGGAGAGACGAAACGUUGCUUUCUUCUGUGUUCUCCAACGGCUAUGUUGGUGAUGAGAGUUCAUUCAACAAAUCCGAAAGUGAGUGUGCCGCAAUGAACCUAAGUGAUUCUGAAGUUAUGUCACCACUGUCUAGGCAUUCAUGGGAUUACAUUAACAAUAAGUUUAACAGUCCUUAUUCUAUCUCCUCAUUAAGCCGUGCAUCCUAUUCUCCAGAAUCAUCAGUAUCGAGAGAAGCAAAAAAGCGGCUUUCUGAAAGAUGGGCCAUGGUUGCAUCUAACCGGAGUCAUCAAGAACAGAGACAUCCCCGAAGAAGCUCUAGUACUCUUGGUGAGAUGCUUGCUCUUUCUGAUGCAAAGAAGUCAGGAACACCUGACGGGGAAGGAAAUGAGGAAGUAAUAGAAUUGACUAGCUGUUCAGUUGAGGAUACAAACAUGAAUGAUGUUGAAGUUAAUUUACCAAAGAAUCUUUUGAGAUCAAAAUCUGUCCCUACAUCUUCGACAACAUUUGCUUCCCAGUUGAAUAUGAACGUUCCAGAUCUAGGGGCAGAAAUGACUGGGGGUUCUAGAGACAAAACAAAGGAAAGAAGCACAAAGUCAUCUCUGAAGGGGAAAGUUUCAAGCCUUUUCUUCUCGAGGAACAAAAGAAACUCUGAAACUGAUGAAUCUCCUUUCAUUGGAAAUCCUUCAAGUUUCCUUACAAAAGUGGAGGAAAAUAGAGGUGAAUGCAUCAUAGGAACAGGCGUUGAGUGCUCACCACCUGAUUUGCAUGGUUUGUCAGGUGAAGCUAGUUCUCCAGAUUUUGUUGAAAAACAAGGCUUGUUUGCUUCAUCAGAGAGUGUACCAUCUCUGAAUUUCGGAAAUCUAAAGGAGAGCCACGAACAACCAAGUCCUGUAUCAGUUUUGGAGACCUUUGAGGAGGAUGGACAUUCAGCAAAAUCAUCACUUGGUAAUAUAAAACCAUACUAUCGGUCAGGGGAGUUUUUGCCUCAUCAACCCAUUGGGUCCAACAAUCUAAUAGACAAAUCACCUCCCAUUGGAUCAAUUGCUCGUACACUGUCGUGGGAUGACUCUUGUGUAGAUGCACACUCCCAUAAACUGGCAGUAUCAACUUGUACACCCGAUGAAGAAGAACGUGAAUGGUUCUUCUUCAUCCAGACCCUACUCUCCGUGGCUGGCCUCGAUGAAGUAUCCAGGUGGCAUUCUCCAGACAGCCCACUGGACCCAUUACUUAGGGACACAUUCAUCGGUUUGAACGAAUCGCUGCAUGAAGCGAAACGAAGGCAAAGGAGAUCGACCAGGAAACUCGUGUUUGAUUGCGUGAAUGCUGCACUGAUGGACAUGGCCGGGCACGCUCGCGACAAAAAAAUGAAUUUUGAUUGUGACCAUAAUACCCUCUCGGUUGUAUCAGCCGACCGUGUUUGGGAACGGAUAAAGGGAUGGUUUGUCAAUGAUGGUGAGGACACCACCGCCAACGACCUAGCGGAGAGGAUGUUGAGAGAGGAGGUGGUGGGGAAGAGGUGGAGUGAGCAUUCGCGGAUGGAAUUGGAAAGUGUGGGGAGAGAGAUCGAAGCGAGGUUAUUGGAAGAGAUUGUGGAGGACGCCGUGGUCGAAUUGGCGGCUUCCAUGUGAAGCAAAGGGGCAAGAAGAGCUCUUCCUCUAUCUCUUUUGUGUACUAUUUUGAACUAACACUCUGGGUAUUGUUAUA